AUCUGCGGAUUUCCCAAAAAGAUCCAAAAAAUUUCGUUGCAACGUUCUGCUCCGUUUAACAUUUCCCCACGUUUUCGCAUUUUCCUCACUUUUGCUUUUUAAAACCGUUUGCUACGGACAUUUGGCUGUGUGAAGGUGCAUCUUCGAUGUCUGACAUUAUGAUGACUGUGAGUAGCAACGCUUUUCACCAUUUACUGCCAACUCCUGCAUCGCAACAGCCCCAGCGUCGUGCUGCUGCUCCACCUGUUUCCAGCGGCCGAUCUUACUCCCCGUACCCGGGCAGUAUUCCUGACCAUCGCUUGCCAAAAUGCCUGGCGCACGAAGAUGGAUAUGACGAUAGGAAGGAUGCAUUACGGGAAGAGAUGCUUUUCUCUCAGUGUCAGUUAUGGAAUCCCAGUUGGAAUGCGCAAAUCACAGCGGAUGGUGAGGCGUUCCUGGAAGAGGCGGCCUGUCUGGGCUACACGGAAGAUCAGUCGUUGGCUGUGCUGUACGUGUGCAAAUUUGAUCUGAAAAUGGCGCGGGAACGUCUGCCAAAAUUCCGUAACAUCUACAUCCCCGUCUGGUCGGAGACGGAUAAGCUGCUCUUCGAGGAGAUGCUGCUGACGCACGGAAAACAAUUCCAUUUGUUUCGCCAAAAGUUGCCCCAUGUUACGGUGAAGGAGAUGGUGAAUUAUUACUACUAUCAGAAACAGGUGCGGAAACGGGAGAGCCGGAAGAAUGCGUGUCUGACGCGGAAAGCGCUGGAGUUGGCGCGCAGUCACAUCUCACUGAACAAACUGGCCAGCCUGCCCGUCACCCCCGCCCUCGUCAGUCCCGAGGAGAAAGUGGACUGUGGAUCGUGCUUCCAGAAGCGCAACAAUAUCUUCAAAUUCGGCAGCGAGUUCGUCAUGUGUGCCGAAUGCUACUCCCACUACCGCAUCCACCACACCCUCCCGCCCCCACCCCCCGCCGACCCCUUCCUGCCCACGUUCGCGCGGCCGGCCCUGGCCAGCGUCGUGCCCUCCUUCUCCGAGCGCAUCACCGCCCAAGAGCGGGAAGCCUGCAGCACCAUGGUCACCUCCAAGAAUCUGGGGCUGCUGCGCGCCUACCGCCGCGAGAUGCAGCUGCUGGCCCGCGCCAAGGAGGCCGCCCCCUCCGCCCAGCAGCACACCCAGAUGAUGGGGGAGAUCCGCGGCGUCCUGGCGGAAGAGGGCGGAAUGUGUUGGCGGUGAUUGAUCUGGAUCGGUAGGAGCGCGGUUGUGAGGGGAAUGGUAUUAGGUUCUACUUCUUUGUUAAUUGUGAUCUGAUGAAUAAUGUGUUAAGCCGUUGUGGGUUUGCGGAGAAGAGCGCAUGUUCCUGGAAUAACUGGUUUGUUGUCAAGCGAUUUGCUGUUUUAACGAUGAUUAUUACGUUCAGGAGCAUGAAAAGUAUUUGAGCUGGAUUUUGAAUAUAAUUUAAUUGCUGAUUUUGAGUUAAAGUUUAUAUGGUUGCGAGUAACAGCGAUGCGAUGGAAUUUGCUUGUUUUGCUUAACUCUUCCACGAUGUUCGGUUGAGAUUAAGCGGAAAUUGCGGAAUAAAA